CCCCUCCCCCUUCUGGAGAGUUCUGCACGGCGGCCGGCACGACAAAUAGUCCCCGCUGCUCCCCGCCCUCUCCUCCCCCUCCCGCUCCUUCUCCUCCUCCCGCCGCUCCUGCCCUGGCCUCUCCCUUCCCUUCCUUCCCCUCCCCGCCACGGCGGUGUCUCCGCCCCGGGAACCGGAGCGGUGCCCGGGGGCAGCGGCGGCGGGGCGGAGUGAUCCGCUGCGGACGGCGCGGAGGCAGCGCAUAAAGCGGUGGCGGCGGAGGGAACGGAGGAGCUGCGGAAACGCUGAGCCCGCGGCCGCCACCGCCCGACACCGGCCAGGCCCCGGCCCCGCCGCCCCGGGGGGCCCCGGUCCCCUCCCGCCCCUCCGCUCGCUUCGUCCCUCCCCGUCCCCUCCCUGCGCAGCCGCCACCUCCGCGCUCCUCCUCCUCCCCCCCUCCCCUCGCAAAUAGUCCCGCGGGCCGCCCCCUCCCUCCGCCCGCGCCCCUCCUGCCGCCGCCUCGCGCACACAAUGGCGCUGAAGAGAAUCCACAAGGAGUUGAACGACCUGGCACGUGAUCCUCCAGCACAGUGUUCAGCAGGGCCUGUUGGGGAUGACAUGUUCCAUUGGCAAGCUACAAUAAUGGGACCAAAUGACAGUCCCUAUCAAGGUGGAGUAUUUUUCUUGACAAUUCACUUCCCGACAGAUUAUCCCUUCAAACCACCUAAGGUUGCAUUUACAACAAGAAUCUAUCAUCCAAAUAUUAACAGUAAUGGCAGCAUUUGUCUCGAUAUUCUACGAUCACAGUGGUCCCCAGCACUAACUAUUUCAAAAGUACUUUUGUCCAUCUGUUCUCUGUUGUGUGAUCCCAAUCCAGAUGAUCCUUUAGUGCCUGAGAUUGCACGGAUCUACAAAACAGAUAGAGAAAAGUACAACAGAAUAGCUCGAGAAUGGACUCAGAAGUAUGCGAUGUAAUUAAAGAAAUUAUUGGAUAACCUCUACAAAUAAAGAUAGGGGAACUCUGAAAGAGAAAGUCCUUUUGAUUUCCAUUUGACUGCUUUCUAUGAGCCCACGCCUCAUCUUCCCCUGUGCACAUGUUUACCUGAUACAGCAGUGCUGCGUGUUGUACAUACUUGGAACAACAAACUAGAAAUACUGUAUUUCCCCGUACCAACAUUGACUCCUAGCAGAGAAGUGUGUGUGUGAAAAGCUGGUUCUUCAGUCAUAACUUUGUGAGCCUAAAAGCAUUCCUUGCUGAGUUAAAUUGGGAAAUCAAAUGGGAAUGGGGAGAGUUCUGGUGGGUUUCAGAUUUUCUAGGGACAGUGUUGCUGAUCCACGAAGGAUUUUAAGUGGAAUCCUUUUAAACUCAUAACAGUUAUGAAAAGCAAGGUGAAGAACUUGAAGCUGUUUCUGUAUUCAUUUUAUUCUGAAGGACCUACACCUUAGGUAAAUGUUAUGACCAAUGAGAAACUGUACCCACAUCCUGUGUUUAAGGUCUAAGUUUAACCGGUCACCAUUUAAAUGGAUUGGAGCUAUUAGUGCAUCAAGUGAUGUUGAUUUGUUUCAACUCUCUCCCUCCCUUCAUACUUUUUUUGGUUUGUAUGUGGUUUCUCAGUUAAUACCUAGCUAAUAGCUCUUAUUUUUCUUAAGUUUUUUAACUGCUUAGGUCUUUCUGGAUGUAAGGGUAAAAAAAAAAAAAAUCCAUAUGACAGAAAACUUGUGUGUAUUUAAAGACCCAACUGCUCCCCUGGAGCUUGUACGUUCAAGAAUGAAUUAAUCUGUGUAAUAAACUGAUUACUACAGUCAUUACAUAUAA